AUAUUAUGGAAUUUUGAUUGAAAGAUGGGAAGAUAUUUUUUAAAUCUACCCUAUUCUAUUUGAAGCUUUGGAGUAACAUGUAAAGUUGCUGUGGGAGGUCAUAGGUUGAAGUCUUAAAGUAAUAUGAUAAGACUGCUUAUAAUAGAUUUUUGUGUUGAGUCCUUUCUGAAUUUAGCGAUGAUAAGACUGCUUAUAAUAGAAUUUUGUGUUGAGCCUUUUCCGAAUUUAGCGUUAUUUUUAGUGCAGCGAACUGUUUUGGUUUUUCUUUUUUUUUUUACCUUAUCCUACUUUACAAACUGCUUCGGAGGAAACAGUGUUAUCUUCAAGUUCAUCAUCAGUAUUCAGUUGUGCAGUUCAUGUUACAACUGAAACAAAAAUGGCAACUCCAAUUUCCAUGCAAUUCAAUCCCUCAAUUCUCUCAAAUAUUUCUCCAUCUGUGAAUAAUACAAAACCUCAAUUCUUUCAACCCAAUGAUAAAUUCUUGAUCAAACAAAAAGUCAAUUCAUCUUCCCACCAGUUCUCCUCCUUUCUUCAGCAACAACAGCUUCCAUUGCACCAACUGGAGACACCUCGAUUUGUGGCGAAAGCAGCUACUGGUGUUGUUGAAACUGUGGAAGAUAAACUUCCUGCUGAUAUUCAUGUUACUGAAACUCAGGAGCCUAAUUCACGGGUCAGAUUAACUGUAGAAGUUCCAACUGUUGUAUGCGACGAUUGCUAUAGAAGAGUGAUAAAAGAGUUCACAAAACUUUCAAAGGUUCCUGGAUUUCGUCCUGGGAAGAAUGUUCCAGAAGAUAUCCUAGUUGGCUUUGUCGGGAAGCAAAAUGUUCAAAAAGCUGCAGUUGAAUCUAUUCUGAAAAGAACACUUCCCCAUGCCAUGUCUUCGGUUACCAAAAAAGCAUUUGAAGACUCCAUCCGCAUUGUGACCAAAUUCGAAGAAAUGGAAAAGACUUAUCUCUCUCAGAAUUCCUUGAGGUACGAUGUGGUUGUUGACGUGGCUCCUGAAAUCAAGUGGAAACCUGAAGAUGCAUACAAGAAUCUCAAGGUGGUUGUUGAGCUUGACAGUGAUAUGGAUGCUCAGACAGCCUCAGAAAAAGAGCUAAUACGGCGUCAUAAGUCUCUGGGUGCAUUGAAAAUUGUUACCGACAGGGGUUUACAGGUUGUGCAUAUUGUUUACCAUAAGCAUUCAAAAAUUCUCCAGGUUGGGGAUGUCGCAGUGAUUGAUAUAUCAGCAACGACGAUUGAGCAAGAUGGAUCAGACGCUAAAAGCAUACCAGCUGCAGAGAGUAAAGGUUUCAACUUUGAUUCAGAGGAGGGUGAUAAUGUCCUUCCGGGUUUUCGUGAUGCGAUGAUUGGUAUUAAAAGUGGUGAAACGAAGUCAUUCCCGUUGGUAUUUCCAGACUCAUGGAAACAAGAAGAUCUUCGUGGUGUUCAUGCUCAAUUCACUGUUGAAUGUAAAGAACUGUUCUACAGAGAUUUGCCCGAGUUGAAUGACUCGGUUGCUGAAAAGCUUCUCCCAGGUUGCAGCUCCAUUGAGGAGGUCAAGCAAGCAUUGCUACAAAGGUGUCUUGAAAUUGAACAGGCAGCUAAAGACCAAGCAACUGAUAAUGCCAUCCUUGACCAGCUAUACAAGUUCAUUGAAGUUGAUAUUCCUCAAUCUCUCUUUGAAGAGCAAGGAAGACAACUCUACGGAGCCCAACUUUUACAAUUACAGGCAAAUAUGAAACUGAAUGAACAGCAGCUGGCCUCGUUAUCAAGCCCAAGGGCCGUGAAUGAGUUCCUUGAAACACAAAAAGAAAAUAUAACAAGUAUCAUAAAACAAAAUUUAGCUGUUGGGGACAUAUAUACUCGUGAAAAUUUGCAGUUUUCAACAGAGGAGCUAGUGAACGAGGUUCAGAACUCAAUUCAAGAAUUCAAACAGCAUAAACAAGAGUACGAUGAAGACAGAGUUAAGCAACAGGUACAAGAGGUACUUGAAGGGGCUAAAGUACUUGAAUGGCUAAGGGAAAAUGCUGAAAUACAGUACAUAACUAGGUGAAAAGGUAUCGAUGUUCAAUUUUCAAAGAAAUGAUAAGCGUUGACUUAGGUUGAUGCUUCUGAAGACUCCGUCGUCUCAUAAAGAUCCAUAGGUAUCGCUGUCCCAAGUUAUUCAAAGAAUGUCAGCAACUGAUGUAGCCAAAUGCUUCGAGCAAGUUCAGCAAUAUCGAGUUUCCAGAACUUAUACUGCCCAAUCUUUGGCUUGGACUGAUGAAGGUUCUCAUAAUUCGAGCAUCUUUUUUGAUCAACGAGGCAAUUUUCCAGGCUGGUAAAUCCUCCCAACUUCUAUAUUACCAUCUAUAUCGUCACCUUUUAAAGCUGGUGAAAAACUACAUUUAUUUUGUGAGGCACACCAGAGCUGUUUAAUCCGAAUACAUUUGUGACAAGUUAUUUCUAACUCAAACCUUCUGUUACCUAUUCUAAUUGUGUCUUUGCUUGCUA